CGUGAAGCCAAUGAUCUGUUAAAUCCUUCCAGCGGUUCUCUUAUCAAGCUGUACCCUUCUUAUUUUGCUUCAAGAUUUAAUUAAUCAUAGUUUCACAGAGAUAUGCCGCUGUUUAAAACGCGUGCUGCUCCACGAUCACCGACGUUCGAUAAGGAGAUGUCAAACGGUGGAUCGCAUUACAGCAACAAUUAUCAUCAGCAAAACGGGCAGAAGAAUGAUGACGAGGACUCAGACAGCACUGGAACCUGUAGUCAGAAGAACAGUAGUUCUCAAAUGCAAGAGCAAAAACGGUCGUCCAAAGUCUCCAGAACACGUCUGGUGUUUCAUUGUCAAUUGGCGCAUGGAAGUCCUACAGGACUGAUAUCCGGUUUCAGCAACGUACGAGAACUGUAUCAGAAAAUAGCGGAAUGUUAUGACCUAUCGAUGGAAGAAAUACUGUUUUGUACACUGAAUACUCACAAGCUAGACAUGAGCGAGUUACUGGGCAGUCAAAUAGGAGUUGGUGACUUUAUAUUUGCCCAUAAAAAAGGUAUACUAAUAUCUUCAUCUGCAACCGGUAAACUUGUACUUAUUAUCAAUGAUGCAUCAGGAAGGCCCAAGGAGAUUGAGCUGGUGAAGACGGACGAUUCUCUUGGAUUAACCAUUACGGACAACGGUGCAGGGUAUUCCUUCAUAAAACGCAUCAGGGAAGGCUCCGUAAUCGACAGGAUAAAGGUGAUAGAAGUAGGAGACCAUUUAGAGAAAAUCGAUUCGGCGAGCCUGGUCGGUAAACGCCACUUUGAGGUGGCGAAGAUGCUCAAAGAGAUUCCAAAAGGUAGUACAUUCACUCUGAGGUUGGUUGAACCCCUGAAAAAUGGCUUUGCGAGCAUUGGUCCACGGGGGGAUCUGAAAAAAGGAAAGAAAUCAGGUUACGGUUCUGGAAAAGAGACGCUUAGGUUUAAAGCGGAUGGAAGUGCGCAAAUUAUAGAACAGAUAGAUGACGCUGCAACGAUAGGCAUUGAAAAGAUCAACGUGAUUUUGGAAAGCUUCAUGGGUAUCUAUGACACAGAAUUAGCCACACAGAUCUGGGAGCUUGCAGAAGGCAAGGGCAACAGUAUGGAUUUUGCUGAGGCUAUUGAUAAUUCUGAUUUGGAAGAAUUUGGAUUCACAGAUGACUUUGUCAUUGAACUAUGGGGUGCUGUUACUGAUGCUAGGGCUGGAAGACAUCGAUGAUACAAAAAUAUAAAUUGAUAGUAUUAGAGUAAAGUUCAUAAAUAUGAGCUUAAAACUGAGUCAGUUUAACUGGAGCAAUUACAAUGUAAAUUAUUUGUAUUGUUAGCUUUUGAACUUUGUACAAUUUAUAUCAUAA